GACAUGUCGUUCACUCUGUUCACUCAGUGAGUGGGCAAUAGAAUAGAAUCUAAUUAUUUUCGUUUUGAAUACCUACUGUUUUCAUUUAUGUUAUUGUGUGUUAACCAGUGUAUUUAUGUAAGGAUACGGAUAUUCUACAUAUUAUAGUUUAGAUUUUGUAUAAACUAUAUAUUUAAGCUAUGGAUCUCGAAGACAAUGCUCUGGGCUUAACCCAGGAGCAAACUGACAAAAUUUUGCAGUUUCAAGACCUCACAGGUAUUGAAGACAUGUCUAUAUGUAGAGACGUUCUGCAGAGGCAGCAAUGGGACUUAGAGGUGGCUAUUCAAGAACAGUUGAACAUUCGAGAAGGACGCCCGUCGGUGUUCGCGAUUGAGGCGCGAGCGCCGCCUGUAGUGCAUGAUUACAUAGCACAGCAAGUGUUCACAGAUGAGCCUCCAGAAGGUCCAGGGGGCGUCCGGGGCCUGGUCCGAUAUGUUGUCAACCUAGUUGUAUCAAUGUGCUAUAGUACAAUAACAUCAGUAUUAAAUCUGUUGUUAAGUUUCGUCCGCAAUGAUGAUCGGAGAUUGGUUACCGACCCUCUUGGUGAUGUGGUAGGCUUCAUUAACAACUACACAUCAAAAUACAACCAGCAUCCAGUGUUCUACCAGGGUACAUACGCGCAGGCGCUCAAUGAUGCCAAGAAAGAGCUUCUUUUCCUAAUAGUUUAUCUGCAUUCUGAUGCAGCUGCAGAGACACAGAACUUUUGCAGGACUACCCUAUCAGAUCCAGAUGUGAUAUCGUACAUAAACACGCACGCACUGUUCUGGGGGUGCUCGAUCGACACGGCCGAAGGCUGGCGGGUGGCGCAGUCGGUGGGCGGGCGGCGCUACCCGCUGCUGUGCGUGGUGUGCGUGCGGGACCACCGCAUGACCGUGGUGGCGCGGAGCGAGGGCGCGUGCGGCCCGCAGCAGCUGCUGCAGCGGCUGCAGCGUGUCGUGGCUGAUAAUGAGCUGCAUCUAGUUGCUGCGAGGGCUGACAGGGUUGAACGCGAAGUGACGCAGCGUUUACGAGCGUCACAAGACGAGGCCUACGCGGAAUCGCUAGCCGCCGACCAGGAGAAGGAACGGCGGCGUGAGGCCGAGCGUUCGGCGCAAGCCCAACGCGAGGCCGAACAACACAGGCUGCGGGAACAGGAGGAGAAUAGGAAGCAAGAGGUGGAGGCGGCGCGCGCGGCGCUGGCGGCGCGGCUGCGGCCCGAGCCGGCGCCGGGCGCGGCCGCCGUGGUGCUGCUCAUCCGCCUGCCCGGCGGCCAGCGCCUCACCCGGCGCUUCUCCCGCGACACCACCACGCAGGACUUGUACGACUUUGUCUUCAGCCACCCGCAGUCCCCAGAAGAGUUUGAGAUUACGACGAACUUCCCAAAGCGUACCAUACCCAAGGGCCUCUCCAAUCUCGCCGAAGUCGGCCUCAAAGACAGGGAUGUCUUGUUCGUUACCGACAUGAACGCUUAACCAGUGAGUUAUGUGAUCUUAGAACUGAGCAAUGUAGUGAGAGUAUCGAUGUUAUACUUUAUUUAAAAUUUGUGAAUGUGUAUUUAAAUCGUUUGAGUCUUGAUAUUUUGACGUUUAUUCCAUCCAAAUUGAGUUUAACAGAAUAACCAUUAUUUUCACCAAAUAUUUUCAAUAUUGAGGGCUUAAAUGGUUUUGGUACAUAUUUGUUAACUGCAGGACACUGGCGUUUUUGCCCUUUGUAUUGUAUCAAUAUGGGUGGUAUUCUCAUAUUAAGUGAAAAAUUACUUCUAGAAUCCGUUCUGGUAUGUUUGAAUACCAUGGAUUGAUAGCGCGAAUGCAAGCAUGCAUGGAACUUGGAACACACCCAUGCGAUAUAAGGGCAUAUACGCAAACGUGCUUGCACUACUGAAAUGAUUUUUUAAACAUAAUUAGGGUUAAUUGACCAAAAGAUAUCGGUUCAAUUUGUUAUCACACAAAAUUGGCGCAGUUCCUCGAAUGUGUAUAUCAUUGUAAUGAAUCGGUUCAUAAUAUUUAAUCUAUAAUAUUACAUAUGUAACUCGUAAUAACGCUAAAAAUGUUACGAGUGAGCUUAGCGAGCGCUCGAGCGGCAAAGGUGCUCUGUGCUUUGUAAAAACUGCACUUUUGGAGUUCUUUAGUAAAUCCGAAAGAGAUUUAAAUUAAAUUACAGCAAAAACAUGAACAAAUCAUUCGUGAUGUAGCGGAGUUGAACUUUUUAUUAAUCCAUCGCCUUAAACCUAUUAUGAUCGAAAAGUUGUAAAAAAUCAAUACAUUAAUUCAUAUGAAUUCUGAAUAUCAUUAAACUAUAGUUUUUUUAACAUUAGAAAGAAUGUAAGCGAUCUUGACGUGUCUAAUGUCAUGUCUCAUUGUAAUUGUUCACAACCCAAAUAUCAUUUUUGGUCACAAUGUUAGUCUUUAAAAUAAUGCAUAUAGGAAUUAGAUGUAAAAUAUUUAGGUAAAGAAACUACGGUCAUAAAGAAUGGUGGAAGCAGCGAAUAAAAGAAAUCAAAAUAAAAAAGACAUUUAAAAUUAUAAUUUUUUGGAUUUCAACAGUUCUAUGAUACCCUUUUGUGAUUUCGGUGUUAAUAAACAAAUGGUUAUUUCGGUUUGUACUAAUGUCAAUCUUCCUCUCACUGGGCACAUAUUAUUAACCUUUGAAAAUUGAAAAAAUAGUUAACUGCUAAAAAUUAAUAUUAGUGCAUGCAUUUUGAAAUGUGAUAUAUCUGUAAAGGGUGAGUUUGAUAUUCAUAAGAUAUAUUCAAAUAUAUUCCCAAAAUAAAAUUCAAUUAUUUCCUUUGGUUGUAUAAUGUCAAUUGUUUUGUUGUUUGUUUUUGUUUUGAUAUAUAGCGGACUUGUUUUGUUCAUUUUUAUUCCAGCAAAGAAAGAUGCAUAAUAAAUUAUUGGAUGUUAAAUUUAAGUUGGCUUUACCGAAAAAGAUUUAUUUUAUAUCUG